AUGUCUUCAUACUUAAACAUCAGCAGGAUCGCACAGCGCACUGCUAGCCGAUCACUGCCUCGCACUUCCCAGAAUGCCCGUCUUCGCCAGCCUCUUUCGCGUUUCGCCGGCCACCGACCCUCCACCCUAGACUCGGCCAUGACCAGCCACCUCGCUUUAUCGGCGCGCGGCAGCCGUCUUAUGCAUGUUCGCGCCAUCUCCUUCAACUCUGUACCAAAAGCUGCCCUCCGAGCUGCCCGUCUUCCCGCAUACGGUAUUGCAGCGGGUGGAGGCGCGCUCGCUUAUGCCAACUACAAGGUGGACGAGUUCAAGGAUUUGCUCGGUCGCUCGUAUGGACGCCUCUCUGAUCGAGCCAAAGAGGCAUACAGCGGUUUGUCCGAGUUUGGUGCUGAUGCACUCGAUAGUGCAAGAGACGGCUGGGAGGCGUUUUCGGAGCAGAUUGACGGCAUCGAGCUACCAAAGCUGCAGACGCCCGAGUUUCUGCGCAAUCUCUUUGCGGGCAAAGACGCGAGCGAUUCGGAUUCAGCCGACCAUGAUCACUCUAGAUCGAGUGGGACUGGCGGUCCCGAUCCGAAUGGUGCUCCCCAGCUAGCAGGGGUAGCUGCCGUCGCCGCUUCUUCUAUCUUUGGUGAAGACGAUAACAACUCGGCUAACGGUCCGCCCAGCGGCAGCACCGAAGAACUCAUGCUGCUCACCCGGAAGCUUAUCGAAGUGCGCAAUGUCCUCAAGGAGAUCGACCACGAGUCGGACCAGCUCACCCUCCCUUCGAUCGUGGUCAUUGGCUCCCAGAGCAGCGGCAAGAGCUCUGUUCUCGAAGCCAUUGUCGGUCACGAGUUUUUACCCAAAGGCAACAACAUGGUCACUCGCCGCCCCAUCGAGCUCACUCUCAUCCACACACCUGCUCGCCCCGGUCGUGCAACCAAGGACACCGUGGUCGAAUACGCCGAGUUUCCCGGCUUAGGUCUCGGCCGCAUCACCGACUUUUCUCACGUUCAAAAGACGCUCUACGAUCUGAACAUGGCCGUGCCCGCUUCCGAAUGUGUCAGCGACGAACCCAUCGAGUUGCGCAUCCACAGCCCGCACGUCCCCGAUCUGACGCUCAUCGACCUUCCUGGAUACGUGCAGAUCGCAAGCAUGGACCAGCCCGACGAGCUGCGCGAAAAGAUCCAGAAGCUCUGCCACAAAUACAUCCAAGAACCCAACAUCAUCCUUGCCGUCUGCGCCGCCGAUGUCGAUCUCGCCAACUCGCCUGCUUUGCGGGCUAGCAGGCAGGUCGAUCCGCUGGGACUGCGUACCAUCGGUGUUGUGACAAAGAUGGAUCUCGUCCCGCCCGAGAUGGGUGCAGGCAUCCUCUCGAACAACAAGUACCCCUUGGCGCUCGGCUAUGUGGGUGUGGUGUGCAAGAACAACUUGGGCGUCUUCCAGAGCAGCAAAGGCCACGAUCGCGCUUCGGGAGAAGGCCGCAUGUCGAGUCUGGUGAUGAAGCAAGAGUCGGACUAUUUCAACGCGAAUCGCGAGCACUUCCGUGCGCCUGCUCGUGGCAGGAAUGCGGGUGUGCAGCCCAUGACGGGCACCGACACUCUGCGAAGGCGACUCAUGUCGGUGCUCGAAGAGAGCAUGGGGUCGUCGCUGCACGGAAUCGCCAACGCAGUGCAGGUUGAGCUCGAGGAGGCCUCGUACCAGUUCAAGGUGCAGUACAACGACCGCAGCAUCACCGCCGAAUCGUACGUUGCCGAGACCAUGGACGCACUCAAACUACGCUUCAAAGAAUUCGCCGCAAACUUUGGCAAGCCCGAAGUGCGGGCGCUGCUCAAGCAAGCUCUGGACGAGAAGGUGAUGGACAUCCUCGCGCAGAUGUACUGGAGUGAUGCACGAACACCCGAGCUCUCUCAGCUGGCGGAUGCGCGCAAAGUGUCGCCUGAAGAUUUGGAUAAGUACUGGCAGUACAAGUUGGACGCGUCCUCAUCUGCCUUGACCAAGUCGGGGAUCGGAAGGCUGUCGACGCAGUUGGUGGUGGAUUCGAUCCGCACACAGAUUGAGCACUUGGCGCAGUCGGAGCCGUUCAACCACCAUCCUGACGCGGCGGAGCGCAUCGUUGCUUUCAGCACAGCAAUCUUGCGCGACCGCUUCGGCCUGACGGCGGACCAGGUGGAGAACUGCGUCAAGCCGUUCAAGUACGAGGUCGAGGUGGAGCCUACCGAGUGGGAAGCAGGAAGGCAGAGGUCUGUACAGCUGGUAGAGCGAGAGCUGGGCAUGUGUGAUGCCGCGUUUAACAACAUCAAGAAGAUGCUGGGCGGACGCAGGCUCAAAGGCGCCAUGGAGUACGUUGCGCAUUUGGAGGAGCGCGAGCGCAAACGCGUGCAGGCUCGACUUCGUGCUCGCGAAGCUGCUCUCGCCGAGUCGUCUUCGACGACGACCGACGUCGAAGAGGAUGACAGCAAUGACCCAACACGGCCGGACUACAACUCUGCGCUGCUCAUCAAGGCUCGCGAAGCACAGUUCCUCACAGAGAGAUCCAAGAUGCUUCGCACGCGUCUGACGACUCUCCAAUCCAAACGCUGUCGCGCCGGUCCUGCGUCAAAACCCUUCUGCCCGGAGACGUUCCUCAACAUCGUCGCGGACAAGCUGACCUACACCGCGGUCAUGUUCAUCAAUAUCGAGCUGCUCUCCGAGUUCUUCUACCAGUUCCCGCGCGAGAUCGAUGCCAAACUCGUCUACGAUCUGGACAAGGCCGAGCUCAACCGGUUUGCCCGCGAGAAUCCGGUCGUCAAGAGGCACCUCGAUCUGCAGCAGCGCAAGGAGAAGCUCGAGAUGGUCAUGGACAAGCUGGGCGAUUUGGUCAAGAUUUAUCAGGAGAAGAGCGGCAAGGGACGCGAGAGUGCGAGUAGGUGGAGCUUUUUCUAG